AUGCCAUCAUCAUUAAAUGCAAAUUCUCGUGCAUCAUCAUCAUUAAUAACGGUUGAAAAAGAACCUGAACGUGAUCCUGAAUAUGAUUGUUUUAUGUGUCGUCAAUCACAUGUUUAUAUUAAACCGAUUGGUAUGCAACAAGAACGUCGUGUAGCGCGUCAUCAUCCACCACCAUUAUCACGUGCACAAAUAGAUGAAUUAAGUCGAAAAAAAAAUUUAACAAAACAAGAAGCAAGAAAAUUAUUACAAUGUUAUUUUCCUGAAAUAAAAAAUGUUAAAUAUUUUCAAUUACAUAAAUAUCAUUCAUGUUGUUAUGAUCCAAAACAUUUAAAUUUAUGUAAAAAUCAUAUAACUGCUUUACAACAUGAACGUGAACAAUAUCAUAGUCAUGAUCAUCGUCAAAGUCAAAAUGAAAAUGAUGACAAUCAUUAUAAAGAUUAUGAAAGAGAUGAUGAACCACACAAUAGAGUUAGUUUUGUACGCAUUAAAAUUGAACCAACCAAAGGUAUACCAACAAGAUUUUUAGGCCCAACAGCUUUACCUGAAUCACUAGCUGAUAUGCUUAUCAAACAAGUUAAUCGCUUAGAAAAUAAAAAAGUACCGCCAUCAUUUAAUUCGAAUCAUACAAUAGAACCAUACGCUGUUAGACGAGUAAACUUACCUCAUAGUUCAGAUGAUGAUAAUGACGAAGAUGAUGACAAUGAUGAUGAUGAUGACGAUGAAGGUCAUACUGAUGAUGAUAAUCAAACAACACAAUUUAAAGGUAAAAUAAUGGCUGAAUCUAAUGCAAAUUAUGAUAAUAAUAAGCAAGCAAAACUAAAAUUAGAAAAAAAAUCAACAAAUGGUGAUUUAAUAGUUGAAGAUUUAGAUGAAUUAAAACGCUUAUAUAUUAAUCGUCAAGAGCCAAUCGAUGUAGAUAAAAAUCCAGACAUUUUUUUGAAAUCAUUAAAAAAGAAAAAACGAAAAAAAGGUACAAAGAAAAAAAAUCUUCAUGAACAUCAUCAAUCAAAAUUAAAGCAUUGGGAAUUAUUAGCAUUGGAAUUGGAACAAUCCAAAAAUUCCUCAUGUAAUUGUCGUCAUCAAGUUAUGCGUCUUGAAGAUAAUCAAGUUGUUUACGAUUGGUGCCGUUGUAAAGAUCAUCAACAUAAAGAAUUAAUGGAAAGACGUAAAUCAAUUACACUUCCACCACCUCCUCAACAAUCAACUGCACCUCCUCUUCCACCACCACCACCACCUCCACCAAAACCACGUCCAAAACCUCGCAAAAUACGCACAAAAUCGAUUGGUGUAGAUGCCACAGAGCCAACAUCAAGUGAACUUGCUCUAGCUUAUGAUCCAUCAACUGUUGAUUAUGAUAUGAUUCAAGAAGUAAUCUAUUAUCGAACAGCAUCAGGAAGAUUGAUCAAACCUGAAACAACUAAUGCUUUUACUUAUGAUAGCCUACCUUCGUCCAUGAUGAUCAAUAAUCGAGAACCAAGCCCACACAAAGCUGAAGUUUUAUAUAUGACACCUAAUGGUAAAUUACAACCACUUGAAGGUGGUGGACGUAACCAACGAGGAAAAACAAAGACAAUCAUUCUAUCAAAACCAGGUUCAUUAUAUGAUGGUCAAGCAUUGAUUGAUACACAACAUUCAUCAUUAAAUAAUGGAACUUCGAAUACUAUACCUGUAUUAAAAUUACCUCCAACAGUAAAAUCGUCAAGACAACAUUUACGUGAUAAUAAUAAGGAAUAUCAACCAACAGAAUUUACAUUGGCGAAAUUUUCUUCUGAUAGAUCUGUAGGUACACCUGAUUCACAAGAAAAAACAAGAACUGUUUCAAUGUCAAUGCAAAAAAGUACAAAACCAACAUAUAGUAAUCAAAAUCCAACACCUGAUUAUGGACGUGAAUCAAGUGUUGUUGCUAAUCGUCGUUGGUUUGAUCAACCACUUGGUGAUCAAAAUUUACGUCCAGUACAUGAUGGUCAAUAUGGUUUAAUUGCUGGUACAUCAACAGAUACAUAUCAAACUAAAGCUAAAUUAGCUGAAAAUAACAAUAAUUACUAUAAUAAUAAUAAUAAUAAUAAUAAUAAUAAUAAUAAUAAUAAUAAUAAUACAAAAUCAGACGCACAAAAAAAUGGAAGCAAUUGCACAAUAUCAUAA